GACUCGGCGCGCGCGGGUGACGCAGACGCUGUGCCGGAAGUGCGAGCUGCGGGCUCCCGGGCUCCGCUAUGGCGGCUGCGGCGGCACGCUGGAACCACGUGUGGGUCGGCACCGACACCGGCAUCCUGAAAGGGGUGAACCUUCAGCGCAAACAGGAGGCGAACUUCACGGCAUCGGGACAGCCACGGCGCGAGGAGGCGGUGAGCGCCCUGUGUUGGGGCGCGGGCGGCGAGACUCAGAUCCUGGUGGGCUGUGCCGAUGGGACAGUGAAGCACUUCAGCACCGAGGAGGGCGGGUUCCAGGGCCAGAGGCACUGCCCCGGAGGGGAGGGCACGUUCCGAGGCCUCGCUCAGGUCGACGGCACCCUCAUCACAUGUGUGGAUUCUGGGAUUCUUCGAGUCUGGCAUGACAAUGACAAGGAGGCAUCCUCUGACCCACUCCUGGAACUGAGGGUGGGCCCUGGGGUGUGUAGGAUGCGCCAAGACCCAGCGCAUCCCCACAUGGUUGCCACAGGUGGGAAGGAGAAUGCUCUGAAGGUGUGGGACCUGCAGGGGUCUGAGGAGCCUGUGUUCAGGGCCAAGAACGUAAGGAAUGAUUGGCUCGACCUGCGGGUUCCCAUCUGGGACCAGGACAUACAGUUCCUCCCUGAGUCACAGAAGCUCAUCACCUGUACAGGGUACCACCAGGUCCGUGUCUACGAUCCAGCCUCCCCCCAGCGCAGGCCGGUCCUCGAGGCCACCUACGGAGAGUACCCACUGAUGGCCAUGACCCUCACUCCUGGGGGCAAUUCGGUGAUUGUGGGGAACACUCAUGGGCAGCUGGCAGAAAUUGACCUUCGGCAGGGACGCCUACUGGGCUGUCUGAAGGGGCUGGCGGGCAGCAUCCGAGGGUUGCAGUGCCACCCUUCAAAGCCCCUACUAGCCUCCUGUGGCUUGGACAGAGUCUUGAGGGUACACAGGAUCCGGAAUCCACGGGGCCUGGAGCAUAAGGUUUACCUCAAAUCUCAGCUGAACUGCCUCCUUCUGUCAGGCAGGGAUAACUGGGAGGAUGAACCCCAAGAGCCUCAAGAGCCCAACAAGGUCCCCUCAGAAGACACAGAGACGGAUGAACUUUGGGCCUCCUUGGAGGCAGCUGCCAAGCGGAAGCUUCCCGAUUUGGAGCAGAGCCAAGGCGCUCUCCAAACCAGACGGAGAAAGAAGAAGCGGCCUGGGUCCACCAGCUCCUGAAGAGCUGUGCUCACUUUGUAAAUAAACAGCUUAAUAAGUA